AUGAUGAUGAGGAAACUGGACAAUACUACAAUCAGAGACAAGAACAAGCCAAAUCUUGCAUGUGGUGGUAAUAACAACAAACCGAAGCUAAGAAAAGGACUUUGGUCUCCUGAUGAAGAUGAGAAACUCAUAAGAUACAUGUUGACUAAUGGACAAGGAUGUUGGAGUGACAUUGCUAGAAAUGCUGGUCUCUUACGCUGUGGCAAAAGUUGUCGCCUUCGUUGGAUCAAUUACUUGAGGCCUGAUCUUAAACGCGGUUCUUUCUCUCCUCAAGAAGAAGAUCUCAUCUUCCAUUUGCAUUCCAUUCUUGGUAACAGGUGGUCUCAGAUAGCUACUAGGCUUCCAGGGAGGACAGACAAUGAGAUCAAGAACUUUUGGAACUCUACAUUGAAGAAAAGGCUUAAGAACAAUAGUAGCAACAACAACAAUACUUCUUCAGGAUCGUCACCUAACAAUAGUACUAGUAAUUCUUUGGACCCAAGAGAUCAACAUGUGGACAUGGGAGGCAAGUCAAAUCCAAUGAUGGAUGGCUAUCAUCAUCAUCACCAUGAUGACAUGAUGAUAGUGGAGAACACCACGCACAUGGACUCUUCUUCGUUCAAUUUUGCACCCUUGGUUAGUAGUGUGGGCUUAAACCAGCUUGAUCCAUUGAUAUCAGUACCGGAUCAUAACCGAUAUCACCAAAUGGGAAACACAGGGAAUGUUUUCAACGUUAAUGGCUUAGAAGAUUAUAGCAAUACAAUUCUUGAUCCAAUUAGCAAGAGAGUAUCAGUAGAAGGUGAAUGGUUUAAUCUUCCACCCUCGGAGAAUAGCAAUGCCAUUGCUUGUACUACAAGCAACAACCUAAACUUAGAAGCCCUUGAUCCUUGCUUCAAUAGCAAAAAUCUUUGUCAUUCAGAAAGCUUCAAAGUAGGGAAUGUGUUGGGCAUGGAGAAUGGUUCUUGGGAAAUAGAAAACCCUAAAAUCGGUGAUUGGGAUUUGGAUGGUCUCAUUGAUAACAAUUCUUCUUUCCCUUUCCUUGAUUUCCAAGUUGAUUGA